UUACAACGUUGUUUAAUUGUGUUAUUUCUAUAAUUACAAUUGAUAGUGCGCUUUGAUAAGAUAGUGGACGUUAACACUUACAUUUUAAUUAUUUUAUCUUUACACAUUCGAUGGAUUAAACACGCCGUUUGGAGCUACGGUCCUAUCGUGUCGUUCAGCCAUGAUAAUAACAGCGUUAACGGCCAUUAUUUGGUCGCUGCUGCCGGCCUCAGCGAAGCAACGGCUGGUGGUAUGGCUGGAGGACCACCGCGAGUUUGUGGUGGCGUUCUUCUGCCUGCCCGCCAGUUUCCUCUUCACUGUGAUGCUGCGGCUGAAGGCCUUCAUUAGGCGCCUGACCAGCGACCCGAUGCGGCAUGAUAGUGCCGUCAAGGAUAUACAAGCUAGAGUCCAAAAAUGGAACAAGCUGCCCGCUUCAGAGCGGCGCCUUCUCUGUACAUCGCGCCCCAACUGGCAGUCUCUCUCCACGACCUUCUUCCAGAAGCAUCUUCACCACCGCGUACCGUUGGCCUUGCACGACAUCCUGCAGCUGGAUGAAGAGGCUAUGACCGUGCGCGUGGAGCCUAUGGCCACUGUGGGAGAUGUAGCAGACUAUCUGAUCCCGAGGGGAUACUCCCUUGCUGUCACUAUCGAGCUGGUCGACGCUACUUUGGGAGGUCUCGCAAUGGGCACUGGCAUGUCGACGCACUCGCACAAAGUGGGGCUCUACCACGAAACCAUCACGAGCUACGAAGUAGUGCUUGGUGACGGUUCCCUCGUCACCGCCACCGCCCAUAACGAACACGCCGACCUUUACAAGGCGCUGCCCUGGAGCCACGGCAGCCUGGGCUUCCUCGUCGCUUUGACCCUCAAGAUCGUCAAAAUAAAACCCUAUCUCAAAAUCAAAUACAUCCCAGUCCGUGGACAGAAGAAAUACUGCGAUAUGAUGAGGCAAUUAUCGGGCACGUACGAGGCGAUUCCUGCAGACUUCCCUGACUAUAUCGAGGGCACCAUAUUCAGCAAGGACGAGGCCGUAGUUAUGGUCGGCGAGUACUCCGAUUACGAAAGAAAAAUCACGGUGAACGAAUGCUCGAAGUGGUACAAGCCGUGGUUCUACAAACACGUCGAAACAUUCCUGACUAAAGGGGAGGGCGUGGAACUGAUUCCCAUGAAGGACUACUUGUUACGACACAACCGGGCCAUAUUUUGGGUCGUCGAGGACAUGUUGUCGUUUGGAAACAACCCGUUGUUUAGAUUUUUCUUCGGCUGGCUGUUGCCCCCGAAACCCGCGUUUUUAAAGUUUACAACCACCCCCGGAGUUCGCGCUUACACGUUCACGAAACAAGUCUUCCAAGACAUAGUUCUACCGAUCAAGGAAUUGGAAAAGCAGGUUGAAAUAGCGAGCGUUCUCUUCGAGAAAUUCCCUCUGCUAGUGUAUCCGUGUAAAGUGGUGGACCACGGUCCAUCAUCGGGCCAGCUCAAGCGGCCGGAUCCCAAAUACAUGGUGCCCGGGACAAACUACGCGAUGUAUAACGACUUGGGCGUUUACGGCGUGCCGGGGAAAGUCAAGGAGAAGAAGCCUUACAACCCGGUGGAUGCUAUGAGGAAAAUGGAGAAGUUUACAAGAGACGUGGGCGGAUUUUCGUUCUUGUAUGCUGAUAUUUUCAUGACGCGGAAGGAAUUCGAGGAGAUGUUCGACCUGACGCUUUACGAGGUGGUUAGGAAGAAGUACAAGGCUGAAGGCGCGUUUCCGCACUUGUACGAUAAGGUCAAGCCCGAGAUCGACGUGUUUGCGAUCGGCGAGGAGAAUGCUAUUACCGGCUAAGCUGACUAGUCUCAAAUCAAUGUGGCGUGAUAAUCUUUAAGCAUUUAAACUAAAACUUUAAAUAAUUAUAAAUAUAACUUAAUUGUA